AUGACUGGAUCGUUCGGUUUAAGUGAAGAGAAAUCGAUCGCGACGAUUUCAAAGUCAGAAAACAGUUCGAGUGAUAAAGAGACGGAUUGGCGGUCGAUGUGGAUUUGCAUAUUUCUGCAGUUCGUCGUCGGCGUUCAGAUAUCUGUGUACUACAUGUCCAUGUGGCCAUACUUGAGCGGAGUCAGUAAAUCAUUUCAAAGCAAUCGAUAAAAUAAAUUGAUUUCAGCUCGACAAGACUGCAGAUUUUGACUUUCUCGGCUGGGUUGUGGCCGCUUGCAGCAUCGGAUGCACAAUAGUAAGCCAAGUUAUCGUCCCUACCUAAAUCUUUUGUUUCCGUUAACAGUCAAAUCCAAUCUACGGGUACUGGAAUCAAAAGACAAUGUCCGUGAAGUGGCCGGUUAUAACUGGAUUCGUGAUUGCCAGUGUUGGCCAAGCUUGGUACGGACUGUUGGGAAUGGGCUCGAAUGUUAAAUGGCUGAUGCUCGUGGCUCGGAUGCUCACUGGGCUCGGCGUCGGGAACAUUGCCGCCCUCCGGGUGUACGCAGCCAUGGCAUCUACUCCCGAGGACAGAAUGAGAGCGAUUUCGUUCGGAACUGGAGGCUUCGUUCUUGGAUUCUCAUUCGGACCUGUCAUUUCUGUAAGUUUGUCUCAAAUAAUGCUACUGAGUUAGCUUGAAACGAUUGCAGGCAAUGUUCACUCCACUCGGUGAAGAUGGUUUCAGAAUCGGAGGCUUUGUCCUUAACAUGUACACCACCGUCGCCUUCCUCAUGGCGCUCAUUUGUCUGCUUGCCUGUCUCAUUGUUUACUUCUUCUUCAACGAAAGCUACGUCGGCAUUGUGAGCAAAGAAGAAAAAGAGAACGAGGACGUGGUGGUUCCGAUGUUCGACGUUCCAGCUGCCAUCAUCUGCAUUUAUCUGUUCAUGAUUGUCAAUAUGACUGGCACAAACAUAGAAGUGUGAGUCCAUCGCACAAUUUUUUCGGAAACCAGCGGUAUUUCAGAAUGUCAUCCCCAUUGACAACUGUUUUGUACGACUGGAAAGACAGCGAUUCAAUCUUCUACAACGGAAUUGCGUUGGCGCUGAGCAGUUUUAUUUCGGUCGCAUUCAACAUUGCUCAAGGCGCCACUCGCAUCGGGAAAAUGUUUGUUUUCAGCAACUGAUGUAGCCAUGAUUCAUUUUAGAGACAAGCGGAAGCAGAUGCUGUUCGGUCUCACGUUCUUCCUUCUCUACCAACUGUUCAUGUACCCCUGGGCGUUCUACUCGGGACCACUGAACUUCUUGCCGGAAGGCGUCGAGACCACUCAUGCAGGAGGAUGUUAUGCCGAAUAUCUAUGGUGUAGCGAGACAACCCGAGUCCCCCUACCCAUCUACCUGUUCUGUUUUAUCGUCCUCUUCGGAGUAGCUUUCCCCUUCGUCGAGACGCCUUCUCCAGCUCUUUUCUCUGAGAUUCUGGGUCCACGAAAGCAGGGAACAAUGCAGGGAUUCUUCUCGUUCGGAGGCAGUCUUGCCCCGGUUAUCGCUUCCAUUUCAUCCACGUAGGCUUCUCUCGUCUCCUAAAAACGAACCGAUCCCAUUUCAGUGCCAUAUUCAAGUACAGCGGGUACCGAUACGUGGUAGUUCUCCAGACGGCUUGCCUUCUUCUCGCCGCCCUCCUGAUUCUCAUCUUCUACAAGCGACUUGUUCCGUUGAAAGUGAUCAAAAAGUCGAAAGAAGAGACAAAAUCCAGUUAUUUAGAAUGA